AUGCGGGCACGUGUCAAUCGCAGUUAUACUCGUGUAACAGCCAGUCCAAGCACCUUGCGUCGUGAAUAUCAACGUCAGACCGGUUAUGCGGCAUCAAGUAAUCCAUUUUUCAAUUUUUAUUACGGAGUUGGACAGAAAGUAUGUGCCUCACGUGGAGAUUUAUGGAAAACCAUGUCCGAUGACGAAAAGGAAUCUUACCGGACGAUGGCAAAAGAGGAAAAAAGACUAAAACGUUUGCGUCGAAACCGUAAAGGCGUAACAAAAUCGUUACGCAAAAGGCGCAAUAAUUCUCGAGCGAGAUUGCAAGAACUCUUGAACUCAUGA